AUGGCGGUCGGCUCCAGACAAUUCUAUCCGCAGUUGCAAAGGCACCAGAGCAGCUUGGCUAUCACUGUAUGGUUACCAUCGCGGAAACCUCUGCUCUUCCGACCCAUGUUUACGAGACUCAUGACCAAGAACUGGAUACUUGGCAGAACUCUGGAUCAGGACCGAUUGUUCCACGACGCACGUCAAGAAAAACAGGCACUCGUUCCUCGCGGGGCCUUUGUCUGGAAGACCGAUGCACUUGCGCUUGCCAUAGUCGCAACUACUCGUCAGGACAAUCCUUUUCUUGGAGCAUAA